CCUCUGAUUUGUUAAUUAAACCCAUUCAAUCUAACUAUAGCUCGUGUUGUACAUGUGACGAAUGUCUGUGACCUCCGUAAUUUAAAUAGCUGACUAUUGGUGUAUAGGCACACACAAUUUAGUGAGAACCAGGCAGUACAAGAUGUCGCAACCUAGGCAGUUUUACUCAGAAUUAGAAAAGACUCUGUUAAUAGAACUAGUUGGAAAACACAAAGAUGUUAUCGAAAAUAAGAAGAACGAUUAUAAGACAAUUAGACAAAAAACCCUCGCGUGGGAAGAGUUAGCACAAGAAUUUAAUUCCCAAUCUGGUGUUACGAAAAGAGAUUCGAAGCAGUUAAAGAAAUGCUGGGAAAAUGUGAAGGCCCGUGCCAAGAAGAAUCUUGCGAAGGAGAAGAGACGUGCAAAAUUGACGGGUGGUGGUCCAUCGUGUGUGCAACAAGAAGACGAGGAUGCGGCCGUAGCCGCUAUUAUUCCCAAUCAAAUAGACAGCCUUAGCAACCCGUUUGACGACGAUAAUUACGUCGCAGACAACACAGAUAACGAAAGUGAUAAUUCACAGGCGUCGAGUACAAAUGCGCAGAACCAACAGCAAAAAUCAUCUCUCGUCGUUGAGGCGGCUCUGAAGGACUCAGGCACAACAAAGCCAAGAAUAUCAGCAGCGCAAGAAAAAUGUUUGAAAAUGCAGACAUCACAGCAUGAAGCUGAGAUGGACCUCUUAGAACUCCAAAAAGCCAAUCUGUUGAUGCAACACAAAAGAAAAAUGGAGGUGUUAGACGCCGAACUUGAAUAUUGGACGUCUGUGACAAAGGCAAUGAAGACAACAGACGAACAACAACGGAGACCAAAUACAAGAUCAAAAAAAUGAAACAAGAAAGAUAUUUAUGAUUAAGGAUUGUUGUGACAUAGGCAUGCAUAUGCACGAAACGCUUGGCAGAUAAGAUUGAAAUGCAGACGUUUGUUUACUGACUGUGCGGAGAUAUUUUGAACUAUAGAUCGGUUUCAGACGAUUUUCUACCUUAACCAUUGCCCAUUUACAUCAUUUUAUAUUUAUAAUAAAUACACAGGGCAAAUCAUAACAAACGAGACCUUUUCAAAUUCAAAUUAGCCAUAAUCUCUUGUAGUAAUUGGAAAGUUAUGUUCAUUGGAGAAUCACGAAUGACUACAAUAGAUUGUU